AUGGAUCACAUCUCGACGCAGGGUGCACUCUUUGCCCCUGGCAUGUUCUACUCCCCCAUCAGCUCGACCACGGGUCUGCCACAGACUCCGUUUCCGUGGACACCUUCAAGCACAAUAGCAGCCCAGGACACACAUCACAAUGGGAAUGGCCCCGAUAAUGCAUCUCGCAGUCCCACAAGAAAGCCGUCACAAACAAAUGACAAGCGGGCCAGCAAGGCCAUGAAGGGCAGACGCGUACACGCAUGCGAGUUUCCCGGUUGCGAUAAAAUAUUCACUCGUGCAGAGCAUCGAAGGCGGCAUGAACUGGUCCACAAGAGCAAAAAGGCCCACAUGUGCACUUUUGUCGGGUGUCACAAGUCAUUCCACCGGCCGGACUACUUGAUGCAGCACUUGGCUCGCCACGGUGGAGUUCCUGUUUCAACGAUGAAGAAGCCCCCUUUGGCAAAGAGGCCCAAGUCCACCAAAUGUUCGACUCCUGAUUCGGUACAAUCCCAAUUACCAACAACAACGACAAUGAUGUCCUCCGGCAUGCUCAAUUCGGUGGAGGAGAACGAAAGUAGCGCGCAUGCAUUCAGAUCACUUGGUCGGUAUCACACGCCUGACGUAGAAUCCGAUACGUUUGAACAGCCUCAUCACGAGUUUUCCGCAGAAUCCUUUCACCUGGACGCCUAUCUCACUAUGACACACCCAAAUCAUCCCUGGCCGAAUCCAAAAACAUCACACUCGCCGGGAUCACAGAAUCCAGCGGCCUCUUUUCCAACGUUACGUCAUGAGACAGAUCUGGACAGAUAUUCGCGGCGGAUGUUUCAGCCGCACGCAUACCUCAGUCCGCCUCCAUCGCUUUCGCCACGCCUACAAGUUGCCAAACACAUACCCCUACCGUACUGGUAUAAUGAUAUUGAUAACACACUUCCACCAAUUGAUCCUGCAUUGUUCAGCAGUGAAGUCCCGUAUCUUCGUUGGCCCAGCGAGAGCAAUGAGAUUCGAUCGGCCAAUAUCGACCCCCGUAUAGUAUGA